AUGGAUCAUGCUGUGACUUUGGCCAGGAAAGCAGGAGAGAUCGUGAGGAACGCUUUACAGAAUGACCUGAAGAUCAUGUGCAAAAGCUCUUCUGUCGACCUGGUAACUAAAACAGACCAGAAUGUGGAGCAACUUAUUAUUAUGUCAGUGAAGGAGAAGUUUCCUGGACACAGUAAAGAGACAGUAGAACCUUGUGUUUUGACUGAAAACCCAACAUGGAUUGUUGACCCUGUGGAUGGGACCACUAACUUUGUGCACGGAUAUCCAUUUGUUGCUAUAUCCAUUGGCUUUUCUGUCAACAAAAUGUUAGAGUUUGGUGUGGUUUACAGUUGCAUAGAAGACAAGAUGUACAUGGCUCGAAAAGAGGGUGCAUUUUGCAAUGGACAGCCACUGCGAGUGUUGGCCCAAAAAGAGAUUAACCAGUCAAUCAUCGCUACAGAGUUUGGCUCUAAUAGAGAUCCUGCUGCUGUUGACAAGAUUUUCUCUAGCAUGAGGAAAAUCUUAUGCCUGCCAGUUCAUGGAAUAUGUGGUGUUGGAUCUGCUGCCAUUAACAUGUGCUUGGUAGCAUCUGGUUGUGUCGAAGCCUAUUAUGAGAUUGGGAUCCACUGUUGGGAUGUGGCAGCUGCAUGGGAUGUUGUCUCAGAAGCAGGAGGAGUUCUCAUGGAUGUUGAAGAUGGACCGAUGGAUCUGAUGUCUAGAAGAGUUUUGACAGCUAAUAACAACAUAAUUGGAGAAAGAAUCAUUAAAGAGAUUGAGGCAUUUUCAGAUGUUCGAGAUGAUAAACCUGUAGACCUUGGCUUGUCAAAUAAACCUUGUUUUAAAGAAAAACGCCAUGUGCUAUUGAAGUCUGGUCUAUUACAUUUGAAAUAA